UCGUAAAUUCUGCCAGGGUUGCCUUUUCGAUCCUCAGGUAAAACCGGAUAGGGGUUGAUUAGUCAUUUGAAUUGUGAAUUGUGUAAUCUUCAAAUCCAGGAAAUAGCUGAAGGAACUAUCAUUUGCCGAGGAAGGAUCAUUAGAAAUGACAGAAUCUUCGUUCAUCGAACACAAAUCUUUUGCCAGAGUUGGUCUUCUUGGGAAUCCAAGCGAUGUAUACUUUGGUCGUACAAUUUCAUUUAGUCUUGGGAAUUUCUGGGCUAUUGUUCGAUUAGAACCGUCUAAAGAUCUGAUUAUUCAACCUCAUCCGACUAAUGAUCUCGUUCAGUUCGAUUCCCUCGAUCAUUUGGUAGGCAGGUUGGAAAAUGAAGGUUAUUAUGGAGGAGUUCGCUUGCUUAUGGCUAUUUGUAAGGUUUUUUAUAGGUAUUGUAAGGAGAACAAGAUCGAGCUUAAUGAUGGAAAUUUCACAUUAUCCUACGAUACAAAUAUACCUCGCCAGACAGGACUUUCAGGCUCCAGUGCUAUUGUAUGUGCUGCCCUAAAUUGCUUUCUUGAUUUCUACAAUGUGAGGCAUAUCAUUGAAGUAGAGAUCAGGCCCAACUUGAUUCUGUCGGCAGAAAGGGAGCUCGGUAUUGUUGCUGGGCUCCAAGAUCGUGUAGCUCAGGUGUAUGGUGGACUAGUUUAUAUGGAUUUUGACAAAGAGUCCAUGGACAAAUUGGGGCAUGGCAAGUAUACUCCAAUGGAAAUUGGUCUUCUUCCUCCUCUCUAUCUCAUUUAUGCUGAAAACCCCAGUGACUCGGGAAAGGUACACAGCACUGUUAGCCAAAGGUGGCUUAAUGGCGACGAAUUCAUAAUAUCAUCAAUGACCGAGGUUGCAGAUAUAGCUUUAGAGGGUCGAACAGCCUUGCUUGAGAAGGACUACACCAAAUUCGCAGAGCUCAUGAAUCGUAAUUUUGAUAUCCGAAGACGCAUGUUUGGAGAUGAUGCUUUAGGAUCGAUGAACCUAGAGAUGGUAGAAGUGGCAAGAAGAGUUGGAGCUGCAUCGAAGUUUACUGGAAGUGGGGGAGCAGUUAUUGCCUACUGUCCUGAUGGACCUUCACAAGUAAAACUUCUAGAGGAUGCUUGCCAGAAAGCAGGUUUCAUAAUUCAGCCAGCUACGGUUGUUCCAUCCUUUCUAAAAGAUGUCGAUCUCAAUAGCGCAUGUCCUCCUGUUCCUUCCAACUAGAAAUUUAUCUUACUAAUUUUGAGAUGGGACCCUCAAUUGACACGUCCUCUUUGUUUUCGGCUUAGUUUUGAUAACUCUUUUACAGUUUUUAAGGAGAAAUGUUAUAAAGUUUUGUUGCUUCUGAAAUCUAAUUUGGCAGUUGUUGCAAGGAAUUUUUACUUGAGUAGAGGAGUUCUGCAGAGAUCUGAGAAGAUUUUGAGCAAUAUAGUUCUCUGGUUUAGGAAAAUUGAGAUGAAUAAGAGGAAUUAGGUAUCUAGCCUUUUUGCUAUUUUCUCUUUUUUUAGAAAUGCUAUUUAUUUUAGUUAUGAGCCUAUGACAUUGUAAUUAAGGGUAUUCUAGGUUCUUAGGGAAGUUAUUUCUAUA